AUGAAGCUGGUUGUUCUUUGCCUUCUUGCAGUCUGCUGUUGCUCAUUGGCCGACACAGAUGUGAAACAGACACGGAGAAAAUUACAAGAAGUGCUCUUACGGCUGACUGACGUGAAAGAAAGCCUGCAGAGCAGUGAGCAGGAGCUGAGAACUCCACCUAAGAAUAUUGAGGACUGCUGCUGUCGUUCGGCCUUGCAGUGCUUUCGGACGAAUCUGAAUGGUGGGAUUAACGCCAUAGAGAAGCGCAAACAACGCCAACUUUACAUCAGCCUCAGGGAUCCCGCCAUUGUGGAAGGACUGGACUUCUGUAACGCAGGAAAUGCGACGGUAAGUCAGUCCACAUGCCAAGACUGCGGAUCACACCCGAAGGAAAAGGCCAGUGAGUUUUUCAGCAGGCUGGAAUCCCUUAUUGAAAGAGCCAUAGCCAAACUGACGAUGGACUGA